CUCCCCUUCUAACCUUGCCGCGGGACACAAGUAGGAGCUGCUGUAAACGGAAACACAUGAGGAACUGGGAAGUAGAAGGAGAGCGCGAGUGAUUAAUACUGCCUGUCUGUUUGCAGUGUAGAAAUGGCGGAUUUAAGUGCUAUGGAGAAGAAGUUGGCAGAGUACAAAUGUGAUACAAAUGAAGCAGUUAAAUUGAAACUUGUCCGCUUCCAAGAGGAUGUGGAAGAUGACAGCACAACAUUUAACCCGGAAUACACACACCAGGUUUUUGGAGAUGAUGAGAUUGUCUUUGGCUACAGAGGUCUUCAGAUCCAGUUGUUCUAUACUGCUGGCAACCUAAAUACCUUCUUUCGCAUCCUCUUUUCUUCUAAAGUCACCGAAAAGUUUGACUGUGUGGAGGCUGAUGAUAUUGAAGGCAAAAUACGUGAAAUAAUUCCUUCUGGGUUUUCCACAAAUAUUGAUAAUUUUAUUUCUUCAUUGGAGAAGGAAGCUAAUUUCAAACCCUUUGGGACAUUACUUCAUACAUACUCUGUCCACAAUGAGGAGGCAGGAGAAGAUGUCACCUACCAAAUAUACAAGGCUGACUUGACAUGUCCUGGGUUUCGAGAUUAUCAUGAGAGGCUUCAGACCUUCUUGAUAUGGUUUAUUGAAACAGCAAGCUUUAUCGACGUGGAUGAUGAAAGAUGGGACUACUUCCUGGUAUUUGAGAAGUAUAAUAAGGAUGGAGCGACACUUUUUGCGACUGUAGGCUACAUGACAGUCUAUAAUUACUACGUGUACCUAGACAAAACCCGGCCACGUGUAAGUCAAAUGUUGAUUCUGCCCCCAUUUCAAGGAGAAGGCCAUGGUACUCAACUUCUGGAAGCAGUUUAUCGGUACUAUAUGUCUCUUCCCAGUGUACUUGAUGUCACAGCUGAGGAUCCAUCAGAUAACUAUAUAAAGCUAAGAGACUUUGUUCUUUCUAAACUUUGUCAAGAUUUGGCAUCAUUUUCCUCUGAAAAAUUAGUACAGGGAUUCAGUCAAGAAAUGGCAAAAGAAGCUCAACUCAAGUUCAAAAUAAACAAGCAACACUCUAGGAGAGUUUAUGAAAUCCUUCGCUUACGUGCAGUAGAUAUGAGUAAUCCAGCACAAUCAAAAGCUUAUCGACUUGACAUAAAAAAGAGGCUGAUCAGCCCAUUUAAGAAAAACCAAAGGGAGCUUACAAAAAUGAAAAAAUGCCUCAGACCUGAGGAGCUGUCCAAUCAGAUGAGUCAGGUGGAUUUGAUGGUACAGCAUGAAACUCUAGAGAAAAAUUAUCAGCAGCUUGUAUCAGAUUAUCGUCGAAUUAUCGAACGUCUUGCAGAAGCAUGAUGCAGAGAAAACCAUGUAAUGAGUGUAUUUACCAUUUCUGCCUGUAUUAGGUAGCUGGUGCUACUUACUGUUACUUGGGAAAAGGCAUUCAAGAUUAAUAGCAUGAUCUCUUAUCACUUCCAUUUUAUUGUUCAUUAUGGUUAAAACACCUUUUUAAUGAAUUGUGCUAUAUUUCAAAACUUAACCGACCUUGAUUCAUAUAAUGCCGAAGCAGUCAUUUUGUACAUUGAAUAAUACGUCAAACUAUAUUCGUAUUUUUUAUGUUUGAAUCUCAUGAAAAGUGCAGGACUAAACUACAUUGUGGUGAUCUUGCGUGUUGCGGUGAAGCCUACAAGCGACCAUGCUAUUAAAACAGAAAUUGUAUAUCUACUCUUCAUUAUUGCAUUUGUACAUAGAAAGCAGAGAUGUGGUACAAGAUUGUCUUUUGCAAAGAUUUUUUGAAUUUCUUCCUACAGUAACUUAAUUUGUAAAUGUGGAUUCAUGCAUUCCUGCACUAUUAACAGUAUUUUUACGUGCCAGAUCAAUAAAUGUCGAUUACUGUGAUUAAA